UCCGCUUCCUCCCGGGUGUGUGGCACCGCGGCCGCUCGGCGACAGAGGAGCGGGAGCCGGCCCAGCGGCGGCAGCAGCGAUGGCAGGGAAAGAGUUGGAACGGUGCCAGCGGCAGGCGGACGAGGUGACGGAAAUCAUGCUCAACAACUUCGACAAGGUCCUGGAGCGCGAUGGAAAACUGGCAGAGCUGGAGCAGCGUUCUGACCAACUCCUGGACAUGAGCUCAGCCUUCAGCAAGACAACCAAGACCCUGGCCCAGAAGAAGAGCUGGGAGAACAUUCGAUGCCGGAUCUACUUGGGGCUGGUGGUGGGUGGCGGCCUGCUCGUCAUCCUGAUUGUGCUCCUGGCCAUCUUUCUCCCACAGAGCAGUGAGGGCAGCAGUGCCCCACAGGCCCAGGACGCAGGUGCUGCCUCAGGGCCUGGGGACUGACCCAGCUGGGCCUGAGGAGAGGCCGAUGGCCAUACUGGCUGGUUCUGGUCUCCAGAGAACCCUGGUGUUUGCUCCCACCUGAGCCACCCAACUGAGUGCUGAAGAGCAUCCCUGAUGUGUGCACCUUUGCAUCUCCUAUCACGCCACAGACUGGCCCUUGAGGGCAGCCUGCUGCACUGGCCAUGCCAGGCCAGCCCCACCUGGAGCUCAGUAAAAGCUGCUGUUUGGUUAAAAGCUGCUGUUUGGCUAAAA